GCGCAGAGAAUACAUACACAAAAACACAUUUUCUUUUCCCAGGUCGGACAAUGAUGCUGGUGAAUGAAACCACCUCCUUUUUGCAACCUUUGGCCUUCACACUUCUGGCCAUUUUCACCAUUCUCAUAUACAGAUGGUACUCCUCCACCACAACCUCCAACAAAACCUCAUCACCGCCUUCUCCGUCGAAGCUCCCUAUCAUCGGAAACUUUCACCAAAUAGACUUGUACCCACAUCGCUCACUGCAAAAAUUAUCUCAACGCCAUGGCCCUCUCAUGCUUCUUCACUUCGGACAUGUCCCAGUCCUUGUUGUCUCUUCAGCUCAGGAAGCUCGAGAGAUCAUGAAUACCCAUGACCUCACAUUUUCUGAUCGACCCAAGUCCACCAACUUUGAGAAGCUUCUCUACAACUUCAAAGACGUUGCAUCUGCUCCUUAUGGUGAGUAUUGGAGGCAGGUCAAAAGCAUAUGUGUCAUAAAUCUUUUGAGCAACAAAAGGGUUCGCUCUUUUCGCUUUGUCAGAGAAGAGGAAACCAAAACCAUGAUCAGCAACAUAAUGAAGUCAUCACCAUCAGUUUUGAAUUUAAGCGAAAUGUUUGUGAGGCUUACUAAUGAUGUUGUAUGUAGAGUCGCUCUGGGGAGGAAGUACAGUGGUGAAGGUGGGAUGAAGUUUGCGGGACUUUUGGGGGAGUUCAAUGAGUUAUUGGGAACUACUAACAUUGGGGACUAUAUCCCAUGGCUUUCUUGGUUGAGCCGUGUCAACGGUUUGGAAGCCAGGUUCGACAAGGUGGCUAAGAAGUUUGAUGACUUUUUAGAUAAAGUGGUCCAAGAGCAUAUGGGUCAGAGUUCAGGGAGUGGAGAUGAUGACCAACUGGAUUUUGUCGAUGUUUUGCUUGCAUUUCAGAAAGCAAACUUGGCAGGUUUUCCUCUUGAGACAGUUAGUAUUAAGGCUCUCAUCUUGGAUAUGUUUGCUGGUGGCACUGAUACCACAUAUACGGUCCUGGAGUGGACAAUGACUGAGCUUUUAAGGCAUCCUAGGGUCAUGAAAAAGUUGCAGAAUGAGGUACGAGAAAUAGGUCGAAAGGGAGAACACAUAACAGAAGAUGAUUUGAUUGGAAUGCACUACUUGAAGGCGGUGAUCAAGGAGACUCUUCGCCUACAUCCACCACUUCCAUUACUAGUGCCCAGGAUUGCGGCCCAAGACGUGGAAAUAGGUGGUUACAAAAUUAAGGCCAAGACACACGUUAUGAUCAAUGCAUGGCAAAUUGGAAGAGAUCCCAAACUAUAUGAAAAACCAGAGGAGUUUGAGCCAGAAAGGUUCUUGAAUAGUGAGAUAGAUUAUAAAGGGAAUGACUUUCAGUUAAUUCCGUUUGGUGCUGGUAGGAGGGUCUGUCCGGGAAUUCAGUUUGCCAUGGCUGUCAAUGAGAUUGCGUUGGCAAAUAUCGUGCACAAGUUCGACUGGACGUUGCCUGGUGGAGCAAGUGGGGAGGAUUUAGACAUGACUGAAUCUACUGGUAUAACCAUACGCAGAAAAAUUGCUCUUAGAGCUGUUGCUAUUCCAUUUUCAUGUUGAAAGAUUGAGGCUAUAUGGAAUAGCAACUGCUAUAACCAUACACGCGUUAUUUCUAUAUAUAAAAUAACAGCCGUUGCUAUUCCAUU